AGCCAUAGUCUGAAAAUCAUACCCGUCAUCUUCACAAAAAUAGAGCUCCCGCAAGGUUGGCCUAAAUUGCCCACGAGGGUGCCUGUGCUUCCCCCGCACUCCUCCUCAUCUCGCCUGUUGAUCAUGCAUUUGACAAACCCGCCGAUGACCACUGAUGAUACUGAGUAAUUGGAAAAAUUCUACAUGCCUAACGCGCAUACACUUCCCUCUUCUGAUUGCCAUAUCAUUGCGAUCCCAUUGCCGUGAACUCAAAAGAUAGGACCCGCCCGUCGGCAACUUCUCGACUUCCGUAUCGCGCCUAUCGUUAUCUGCUUCCGAUCUCUAUAUAAGUUCUUGACGGGUCACCAAGCCUUUCGUCUGGUUUUCGCAUCUGUCAAAGCCGUUUCUCGAGAUCAAUCGUCAUGGCUGGACCUAACGUCACCUCCGAUGAAGCUCGUCGCGCAGCUCAGAGCUACCUGAACAACCGCCUCACCACAAAGACCGAUGGCCCAGCUCGACCAUUCAAUGUCCCUGUCAUUGACAUUUCCCCCACCUUCAAUGGAUCUCUCGAGGACAAACAAGCUGUCGCAGCCCAAAUCCAGGAUGCUUGCACAAACAGUGGCUUUUUCCAAAUCACCGGUCACAACGUCCCCGAAUCUGUCCGCAAAGGUGUAUUGAACCAGGCUUCCCGCUUCUUCAAACAGCUCCCUCCUGCUCAGAAGGAUGAACUACAUGUCAAGCAUAAUGAUCUGAUGCGCGGUUGGGAGCCUUCGGAUUAUACCUAUGUCAACCCGGACGACUGGGCUACUGCUGCUGUGCCUGAGACUAAAGAAGGCUUCAACUGGGGCUACGAAGCUUCUCUAGAUCCCACUGGCGGUGAUGGCAAAUAUCUGGACCUGGAUGGCAAGACUCAAAAUGGCAACGUUUGGCCUACCGAAGAUGCACUCCCUGGCUUCAAGCAAGAUAUCGCAGAUUACUACGGUCACGUAUUGGAGCUGGCUCGCCAUUUAUUCAGAUUAUUCGCCUUGAGCUUGGCACUGCCAGAGAACCACUUUGACGAGAUGAUGACACAUCCCGGUGGAAUCUCCAGACUUCUCUACUAUCCUCCUACCAAGGAUCCCAAGCCGUUGGACCCCAAGGAAAUGGACAAGGAGGUCGGCCUUGGCGCUCACACCGAUUACGAGUGCUUCACCCUGCUUCUCUCAUCCACGACCCACGGUCUGGAGAUCCUCACGCCGGAUAACGUAUGGACGGCAGCAACCGCCGUUGAAGGCUCAUUCAUCGUCAAUGUCGCAGACUUCCUCAUGAGAUGGACAAACGGAAUUUACAAAAGCACUAUUCACCGUGUUGUCAACAGAACGACAGAGGAGAGAUAUAGUGUUCCGUUCUUCUUCAGCAUCAACUACGACCAACUCGUCGAGACAUUGCCCAGCUGUGUGUCCGCAGAGAACCCAUCAAAGUACCCACCAAUCCGCGCUGGCGAGUACGUGCUGGAGCGUCUAAAGGCCACUGUCAAAGACGGCUAGAUAGCAACAAUGUCCAAAAAUCUUUGAGCCAUAAAAACAAGAUCAUCUGUACAUAUUCACCGCCAAUCGAGAAAUAAAUACAUCGCGGUGCGCGAAGUGCAUAUCCCGACAA